UCAACAUAGUAGGCUCGGAGGAUUUGAUCGCUUGCGUGGACACCUCAUGGUCAUGGCGGGGAUGAAGUUCAAGUUUAAUGAUUAAUGCUAACGAGUAUAUAUGGCAGCUUGUUAAGAAACAGCCGUGAGUUGGAGAUCACCGGUUUCACGAUUGUCACCACCGCACGCGCGAGUUUGAAGUUUCGGAUCCGUCUCGCAUGAGAGUCGGCUCGUGCGCAGUCACCAUGGCUUUGAUAAGAUUGUUGACCAGACUGAGUGGAUAUGUGCACUUGAAACAAGGUUUGGAGUGUUUGGGAGCCAGUUCUCAGAGCACGAGAUUAACGUUACAGCGCACUGUAGCCCAUUCAUCUGCAUGCAAGUAUCAGCUGCUGCCUGACUGCCUGGAGCUCAGCUAUGGUGGUCUUGUAAUGCACUUUGACUACGUUUGGCUGAGAGACCACUGCCGAUCCGCUUCAUGCUACAACUCAAAAACAAACCAGCGUAACCUGGACACUGCCAGCAUUGAACUGAACACCAGGCCUUCGAAGAGCAGAUCGGAUGAGAACAAUCUCUACCUCACAUGGCCAGAUGGUCACAUCACACGGUACAACCUAACAUGGCUGGCCCAGAACAGCUACGAGGGCCAGAAGCGGAGUGCCAUGCAAUCUCGUAUCCUGUGGAGCGCAGACAUCUACUCCAGCGCUAAGGUGCCCUCUGCCAGUUGGGACAAGUUCAUGAGCUGCGACGAGGAGCUGAAGAACUUCCUCAACAACUUGCUGCUUUACGGAAUUGCCUUCGUCGAAGACGUCCCACCAACCCAAGAAGCUACUGAAAUAGCAGCCCAAAGAGUGAGCCUCAUCAGGGAGACCAUGUAUGGGCGAAUGUGGAACUUCACUUCAGAUUUUUCUCGUGGAGAUACAGCCUACACAAAGCUGGCGCUGGACUGCCACACCGACACGUCAUACUUUCAAGAACCCUGCGGCAUCCAGGUGUUUCACUGUCUGAGACAUGAAGGAACGGGGGGCAGAACCCUGCUGGUGGACGGUUUCCACGCCGCUGACACAGUGCUCCAGCAAACGCCCGACAACUUUGAGCUGCUUUCCCAUGUGCCGAUCAAACACGAGUAUGUGGAGAAACUGAGUGAGUACCGCAACCACAUGAUCGGCAUCGGCCCCGUGCUCAACGUCUAUCCGUGGAACAACGAGGUGUACAUGAUUCGGUAUAACAACUAUGACCGUUCUGUUAUUAACACGGUCCCUCAUGAUGUGGUGCGGCGCUGGUACACGGCUCACAGGCAGCUCACCACUGAACUCAGGAGACCAGACAACAAGCUCUGGGUCAAACUCAAACCAGGCAAGGUCCUGUUCAUCGAUAACUGGCGCGUUCUGCAUGGCAGAGAGUCGUUCACCGGCCUGCGGCAGCUGUGUGGAUGUUAUCUGACGCGUGACGAUGUGCUGAACACAGCUCGCUCUCUGGGUCUCCAGGUCUGAGCGCCUAAUGCUACACUAUCCAGCCAUCAUUUACCAAAAACACCUUGAUUUCUCAAGUUCUAGCACCGCACAGGAUCACAACAGUAUUACUUAUCAACUCAGCUCUUUGUUUGAAAGAUUUGAUGAUCUUAAUGAGUUUGUUGUAGAGGAUGCAUCUUUUGAUCCAUAACGAUUUGUUUCCACAGAAAACCAGAUGGUAGUAAUAGUUUAAUUGAAAUGAUAUGGUCAGGACAUGCAUUAACUCAAGAGAAUAUGGGGUGAAAAGGCACUUAUUUCAAAAGGGUUUAUGGUAUAAUGUCUGAUUUUAAGGUUUUUGUUCAGAGACCGACUAAAAGAUUAAAUCAGAAGAUCCUUUGUUUCGCAAAGGAAGUAGUUCACACAAAAACAAUAAUGUCCUGAUUAUUCACUCACCCCCAGGCAAUCCAUGGUGUAUCGGUCUUUCUUACUUCAGCUGAAGAGAAAUGAAAGUUCUAGAGUUAAACACGACAGGAUUUUGAAUGGCGCUCAUUGUAGACCAUUUUCAAUGGACUGAAAUCCAUAUCUAGGCAGAUUCAAAGUGAUCCACAUGACCCUAGCUGACAAACAAAAGUCCUCUCCAGUGAAAUGAUCAGUCAGUUUCAGAAAAAAAUAAAGCAUUAUAUACUUUUGAACUACAAAUGUUGGCAUUGGUCGAGCUUGUGUGACAUGCAUGUUGUGAAGAUCAUGUGUGACACAGGCAAGAAGUUGUUGUUUUUGUGUCCGUUUAUAGUUCACAAUAACAAUUCUCAAAUUAAAGUGAUACGGUGAACCAUUCCUUUAAAUUGGUUGUCAAUGCUGGGUAUUUCAAUGGGUUUGUGCCUUAACCAUGCAUUCCCAUAUCACUGUUGAGAUGAUGGAAAAGAUCUCACAAAGUUUAAAUGUAUUCGCUGUAUUGCAUUAAUCUUUGCGAGGUUUAUUUUUUUGAAUCUGUAGCAUUUUAACAUCUUGUAUCCUCUAUAAAAUUCUCAAAUGAAUGUAUGCACAAAAAUACCAAUGUUACCUCUAGAAAAUAAAUUCAUCACCUUGCA